AUGUCCACCCUCACCUCCAAGCUCGCCAGGCGGUUCUCCACCCUGUCUGUCGACACCAAUGACUCUGUCCCUCCUUCCCCUUCGACACAGCCCUUGAAGGGCUUCCAAGCUUUCAAGGACAAGAUCAAGGAGCACAUGCCCUUUGCAUCGGACGUCUCCAACAUCGAGGGUAUCGUGGAUCUGCUCUCUCACCCGGAUGGAAUCGAUGAUCGGAAGAUGCUGCUUGAACAUACCCUUGUGUUCCUCUCGAACAAUGCGGGCCACCCUCUUGCGGAUAAGCUCCAGAAUGCAGUGAUACAAUUGCUUUACAACGAUCUACCCCACCCUCCGGACACUUUCGUCGGCAAUCAAUAUGCCUUCCGUACCGCCGACGGAUCUAACAAUGACCCGUCGAACCCGGACCUAGGAAAAGCUGGGACGCCAUACUCUCGCAGUGUAACUCAGACACACCCACUGCCCGUCAACGAACUACCUGACCCAGGCUUGGUCUUCGACACUCUGCUGAGACGCGAGAAGUUCAUCCCGCACCCGGCUGGGCUAUCGAGCACCAUGUUUGCGUUUGCGGCGCUGGUCAUUCAUACGGUAUUCCGCACCUCGCACAACGAUGUCUCUAUCAACGGCACAUCCUCAUACGUUGACCUCGCACCGCUGUACGGGAAUAGCGAGGAGACGCUCAAGAAGAUCCGUGUCUUUGACGGCCGUGGGCUCUUGGUCGCUGACACCUUCGCUGAGGAUCGCUUGUUGCUCCUUCCCCCUCCGGUUUGCGUUCUCUUGGUGUUGUUCAACCGCAAUCACAACUACAUCGCCAACAAGCUCCUUGAACUGAACGAGCGCAGGACCUACAACUCCAACCUCGGCGAGCUCUCGCAGAAGGAGCUCUUCGAUCAAGAGGAAAGCAUCUUUCAGACUGCACGCCUGAUAAAUUGUGGUUGGUUCGGCGCGGCCGUCUUCUCCGACUACGUUGCUGCCAUCUUGGGUCUUGUACGCCAAGGUAGCAGCUGGAGCUUAAACCCUUUCGAGGAGAUGCGCAAUCUUGAUCACAGUCUUUUCGAACGUGGGCGUGGAAACUCUUGCAGCGUGGAGUUCAACUGCUUGUAUCGCUGGCAUGCGACUACUUCGGAGCAUGACGCGCUCUGGGUGGAAGAAAUGGGCAAACACUUGUUCGGGGACAAGGCUCUCACUAUCCAAGAUUUCAAAGACAUGGCUCAACAAGUGGUUGCGCGGGAGCCUGACAUCUCUCAUUGGACAUUCGGCGAGCUCAAGCGAGAUGAAGCGACCAACAAGUUCGACGAUGCGCAACUAGCGAACCUUCUCAAGGACGCUACCUCUCGACCUGCUGGUGCAUUCGGUGCCCGCCACACUCCACACGUCAUGCGCUUGCACGAAAUCAUGGGCAUCGAGUCUAACCGUCGAUGGGGAGUGUGCUCUCUUAACGAUUUCCGCAAGUUCCUGGGCUUGAAAACAUACUCGAGUUUCCUCGAAUGGAACACCAACCCUGACGUCGCACGGGCCGCCGAGAAGCUGUAUGGUCACAUCGACCGUCUAGAGCUGUACGUCGGUCUACAAGCAGAAGAGGCGAAACCAGUUAUUCCAGGCGCAGCGUACACUGUCAGCCGUGCAAUUCUGGCCGAUGCUAUCGCCCUCACGCGCGGCGAUCGCUUCUUCACAUCCGAAUUCACACCCUACAACCUCACUGCAUGGGGAUUCGCGGAUUGUCAACGCGACCCCGAAGGACCCGGAAACGGGAGCAUGCUUGGCCGUCUGAUCCUGCGCACGCUGCCAGCGGAGUACACCGACAACAGUACAUAUGCAUGGUUCCCCCUCAUGACCCCAGACAAGAUGAAAGAGGUCUUGGGAAAUCUCAACUGGACGCAGUACGACCUGAAGCGUCCCGUCACGACGCACGAGGUUCCAACUUUGUCGAUGUAUGCGGACGCCAAGACCAUACUUGCGGACGAGGUGAACUUCGGUACCGGCUUCCCCGAACGUGUCAAGGACCUGGUGUCUGGCUCUGGCUUCUUCAUCGCCUCUAACGAUCCCGUUCGAGCUGCUCGCGAGAGGCGAGGCUUGAUUGACGUCCUGAUCGGAUCGCCUAUGUUCGAGUCCACUGUCAAGCACUUCUUCUUGAACAAGACGCGGGAACUCAUGCAACUCGAAUCAUGCCGUUCAAUUGGCACUUCAACCCACACGGUUGACAUCGUCAGAGAUGUGCUGCGUGUCGUGCCCAUCUACUGGGUUGCUGAUAUGGCUGGAAUCAAGCUCAAAUCGAGUGCAGAAGCUAGCGGAGAUUUUACUCCUUCCGAGUUGUUCGAAAUCUUGUCUGAUGCCUACUCCUUCCUCUUCCUGGACAUCGAAGCUGGCCAACUCCCCAAGCUUCGUCAACACGUCACAAAGAACAUCAACAACCUCUUGGUGCUCAUCCGUCGCCAGUUCGGUGGCUCACGCCUGUCUGUCGCCGGGAUAUUUGACACCGUAUCACAGCUGUUCGUGAAGCAAGACAAAACCGAGAAGCACGCCUUCGCCGAAAGACUCCGCGGACUUGGUUACGACGUCGAUGCACAAUGCAACUUGGUACUUGCCCUUAUGAUUGGCGCGACGGCAGAGCUUUCUCAGGCUAUGGUCAACGUGGUGAACUUCUAUCUCGACGAGAGCAAGCCGACGGAUGUGCAAUCUCUGUGCACCAAAUGGAAGCCCGGACAACUGCCGCUCGACUCGAGGGACGAGGCCUUCUUGCAAGGAUACGUUCUGGAGGCCUGUCGUCUGGAUCCCACCUUCCGCGGGGUUUACCGCAAAGCUGUGAACGACGUCAACUUGAGCCAAGGCCCCAUCAAGAAGGGCGACCGCAUCUUUGUCGACGUCUCGAAGGCCAACCUCAGUGGCCAAGCUUUCGUUGACCCAACGAAUGUGAUCCCCACCCGCAAGUUCGAAGAGUACAUUGUGCUCGAUGGAGCUGGACAGUGCACCGGUCUCGACUUUUCCUCGAAGGUCUGUCGUCGCUCAUGUCUUCAAGCCGUGUACAGCUUCAAGAAUCUUCGACGGGCGCCGAGCAUGUCCGGCACGCUCAAGCGGUACAAGGACGACUCUAGGACCAGCCGGUAUGCAUACCUCAACAAGGAUCAGCACCUUACUCCCUGGGCCACGUCUAUGCUUGUGCAGUUCGAUGCCUGA